UACAAUCAGAUGGAUGGAUCUUGGUUGGAUCUUGGGCUCUUUGAAUUCACAAUAUAAAAAAAUACUCUUCGAUUAUUUUUGUUCAAUGAUCAAUUAAUAUCCGAUAUUAACAUUCGUUUACUUAAGCGCUUAUUUGACGUCAGCGGCCCCGCCCCCUCGGUCCUUGUUUCCGUAGUAACGUGACAACACCGCAGCGACAGACCGAGCGGACGGGACCCGGUUUUGACGCGACUCAGGGGUCUGCAGGUGAUGGACAGGCCGAAGUACUUCACCCCUGCUGAGGUGGCGGCUCACAACACCGCUGACGACCUUUGGGUGUCGUUUCUGGGCAAAGUGUGCGACCUGACCCCCCUGAUGACCCGGUACAAAGGUGAUGCGCUGCUGUUACCCAUCAUGGAGUGUGCGGGAAAGGACAUCAGCUGCUGGUUCGACCCCGAAACCAGAGACGUCCUGAAAUAUGUGGAUCCACUGACUCACUGUGUGAGGUACUACACCCCCAGGGGGCGCUUCGUGCACGUUCCCCCCACCGGCCCUCGCUCCGACUGGGCCAGCGACGUCGGUGGGCCCUGGUGGAGAGACCAGCGCUACGUGGUGGGACUGCUGACGGCUAAAACCAGGUGCAUACGAGUCGUCAACACGCUGACAUCGCAGGAGCAGCGACUACAGGUGUGUUCAGAGGAGACUCUGGCCGAGAUCCUCCAGCGUUACCUGCGCUACAACUCUCACGCCUCCAGCUACACCUGGAAACAUGACGGAGCGAGCCUGGACAUGAGCAGGACGCUCAGCGAGAACAACGUCCCCGACGACGACCACGAGCUGGAACAGCUAAGACUGGACCAGGACCUCUUCGCCCCCGCCAUCCUCCUCCACUUCAACGAUGACCUCACCGAAGGAUGACCUCUGACAUCAGCUGUGGCGGGCCCGGAGGUCACUGAGGACCGGUGCGACCUUACGACACAAAAAACCUCAAAGAAGAGCAGAGCUGAGCGUCACCUGCUUCUCACUGUCCUCAUAAAACUUUACAGUAAACGUAGCUGCACCUGGACGGCCACAUGUGAGGAUUAUAACCAGUAUAUUAAAUGUCAAUGACGAAUGUUGAAUUUUUACUUUCUGGGGGAUGACUUAUUCUGUAUAUCUCAGAAUUUUGAUGACAUUGGUA